AGUGCGAGAGAGACGGAGCGACGAAAACGACUCUCGGAAUCAGUCUGCGGGCCGAGGCGCGCCCCUUUCCCACCGCCAUCGUGCUGCCCGGCUCCACUCCACGCAGUGCAGCAGCGCAGCGCAGUGUGUCAGUGGUGUGAGCGUCGCCCAUCUUUGGCGUGCUGUGUGAUUCGGGCCGCCGACAGGAAGUGCGUGUCUCUCAAGUCUCGUCGUUCCGCGGGUCGUGCGUGCGUGCGUGCGUUCGGGCCAACGACUCAAGCGAUCCCCCCGCGCCCGGACACUGGACGUAACGUUCUCGUGGAUGUCGCAUUUUUUCCGUCCCUCCAAUUGCCCGCCGCUUUUUCCCCGCCUCGGCCUCUACUCGCUGUCUCUUUCUCUCCGUCUCCCUCGUCCGCGCAGCGGGCAGUGAUUGAUUCAAGAGUCAAUCGCACAUUGAGCCCGGGCCGUGGCACCGCGGGGGUGGGGGCUGCUCCCGUCUAGAGUCCUGGAACCCCAGAAGUCGAGGACUCUGCUGCCGGCGCUCUCCAGGUCGCCAAGGCCUUGGCCAAGGCCCUGGCCAAGGCCCUCCUCGAGGAAGAGGAUCGGCGAUGGCUUCCCUUGGACCUCGGAUCCAUCCCUGAGGCCCCUGGCUCCACUCCUGGCUCCACCCCAAGGACUCCACCGUCCGCCGGACCCACCCUCGGCCAGAUGGCGCGCUGCUCUGCCCGCGCCGUGGCCCUGCUGGUCCUGGUGGUGCUGUCCGUGCUGGUGCCCCCUGGCAGCACAUGCUUCCACUCCCUGAGGAGGCCUCCGUACGAGACCUAUUGGCUGGGGACAUACUAUGAAAGCCGCUUCCUGAGCCUGACCUGUUUUGCUCUGAGAGGUUUCCGAUGGACCCUCAAGUUCAUAAAAGUUACUUAUGAGAGUUGGCACGUAGAGAUGGAGUAUGCCAGAUGCAUAUCGGACACGUACGGAAUGAACAUUCCCUUCAUGACACCGCCGUGGGGAAAAAAUGCUAGACUACUAAUGAAUGAGAGUGAAGAGUCCGCAUUUCAGCGAAUGGAAUCCAGACAAUCUUUCCAAGAAUUACCGCUGGGGGUGCCUCUAACCGAUCGUGUUGACAAGUUGAAGAAAAGUGAUAUGAAAGUCAGUUAUACUGUGCAUAGAUGGGAUGAUAAGAAUAAUAUCAAAGAAAUUAUGACAUCUCUGCAGCCAAUACUGGGGAAUAAUAAACUGUCAGAGAUAAACUUUCUCACUACAAAUGAGAAGGAGUCCAUGAAGGAGAUAAUGAGGGUUGCACAGUCCUUGUACAAAAUAAUGUUAUCCGUUUACAGUGAGUUUGAAGCUUUAUUUUCACGGACGUUAGGAAAUGGUAUAUUUUCAUGUACAAAAAAGUAUGUAAAACAUGCCUUUUGGAGAUGGAUUGACUCAGCUCCAUUCCUUAGGUGAUACCAAAACUAAACAAAUACGGAUACUAGUCAUUGCUUUCAAAAGUCAAGUAAAACUUUAACGAGUAGAAAAAAAAAAAUUCUGUAGUACAAUGGCCUGCCUCAACAUAUUUAUAACAUUAUUAUAAAAUAAAAUGAUUC